UUCAUCGCGGAAGGAACACCGUGUGCCAUUUUCCAACCAAUCCGGUCUUUUGGCGCCUUUACUGGCGGCCAAUCACAGCAGUUCCCGCGUGAAACAAUGACGUCAUAAUGUCAAAAAUAGUACUAGUUAAUUUAGUGCAUACUUGAUAGUGAAUAUUUAGACUGACCAAGGACGAAAAAGUGAAAGAUUUCAAAAUGUCUUCUGUAACGGACUGGAUUACCGCUUUCGAUAAGAGACCCUCAGACCGCACCCUGAAAGAUGCCGAGGUGAUAGCGGGGCGUCUCAGACGUCUAGACGUUCUGAGUAAACUGCCAACCGCCGCCAUCUUGGAAAUCGCUUUCCACGGCCACUAUGAGGAUUUGGAGAGGGGUGUGACGUUAUUCAGACAAGGGGACCAUGGUACCAACUGGUAUGCAGUGUUGGGAGGCACAUUGGAUAUACGGACUGUCAGACCAUUAUCCGAAGAAAACAAGGUUGCAGUAACGUUAUGCAGUCUUGGAGUUGGAUCGACUUUCGGGGAGACCAUUUUGGAAGAACUACCCAGGGAAGCAACUGUUACCACGAGAACCACAUGCGAACUGCUCAGGGUCGAGUACCAUGAUCUACGUAUGAUAUGGGAGAAACACAAAGACGUUAUGGAUGAAUUACUGAAGAGCUCCAAACUAGAGAAUGGUAUGAGACCAGUAGUGACAACCAUCACCACCUCCUCAGCUCUGGCUUCCAGUCACAUCUCCUCCUCCAAGCCUCCUCACAACUCCUCCUCAGUGACAGUUACCGCUAACAGCAAAUCACCUCCUUCUCCUCCCAACUGUAGAGGAGUGGAAGGAGGAGGAGGAGGAAGAGGAGUAGGUGGUGGAGGAGGCGGACAUUCUCCUCCUCACCAAUCACAUCCCAACCACUCGACAGCUGCCUCCUCAGUGAGGAGGGCGAACAGUCCAGAAACGGCCAAUCCUGCCGAUCCUAUAACUGAGGCGCCCAGCAUGGCGAUGGCACGGGCCGGCUGGGUGCUGAGGGCUCUGCUGCUGAACGACGCGUCAGGCAUCCUGAGGGACAGGAAGUCGGUUGGAGGGCGUCUGGUGGUGCGGAGAUGCGCGAGUGGCAGUGAACUGGUGGACUGGCUCAUGGGUCUGGCUCCGGUGCAGGUGGACAGCAGGCAGCUGGCUACUGGCAUGUGGCAGGCUCUCCUCGAGGAAGGUGUCAUUUCACAUGCAACAACGGACCACGCCUUCAAGGACAAAUGUCUGCUGUACAACUUCUUCCAAGACCGGGAGGGCUCCACGACGAUCCCCACAGCCCAGGAUGUGGCUGAAGCCGAGGAACACCUGGAGGAGAGUAUAGUCGAGCUGGUUCAUAGAGCACCCGAUGCCGUGCUCAGGAUGAUACUGAGAAAACCGAGUCAUGAUAGGACUGCUGAAGAGCUGGAGACAAUCUACGAUGAAUUAAUGCAGCUGAAGCCUUUACUUCAUUUUUCAAAUUCCGUCAAAAGAGAAUUAGCCAGCGUGGUUAUGUUUGAAGCGCAUAAUAACAAAUCAGGAAGUGUUCUAUUCCAACAAGGAGACGAAGGAAGGUCGUGGUACAUUAUUUUGAAGGGUUCUGUGGACGUUGUUACACAUUCGAAAGGCAACGUGGAUGUUAUAUCAGAAGGGGAGGACUUCGGGAAACUAGCCUUAAUUAAUGAUACGCCAAGAGCAGCGACAAUAAUCUUAAGGGAGGACAUUUGUCAUUUCUUGAGAGUGGACAAGGAGAAUUUCAACAGGAUCAUGAGGGACGUGGAAGCCAAUACUGUCACCUUCAAGGAGCAUGGGAAGGAUGUCCUUAUUUUAGAACGGAUUCCGAAUAACAACAGAAAUCAACCCAAAAUGUGCAGAUUCCUAGUGGUGGCAGGUACACCGCAGAAGAUGCUGGAGCACUUGCUGGAAACACGAGUGAUGGUGGGAGCUGCCAGCGGAGGGAGAGAGCCAGUCAACGAUCCAUGUCUUGACGACUUCUUUCUCACUCACAUCGUCUACAUGCCUACUAGGCAGCUGGUUACCGAGCUCACUAAACACUAUCAGGCAGACCCAAGCAAGCACGACCAGGAGUUCAUCUUGACUUCGAAAAGACGAGUCAUACAGUUCGUCUAUCGAUGGGUGUUGACAAUCAGGACUCCAGUUUUUGAUGACCAUCAUGCUCAAAAUUUCCUUGAGGAACUAGCAGUAGACGUAGAUGAAGACUGUCUCCAAUGGGACGGCCUGUUAGAGGACGCCAACCUGAUCCAUCACGUGAUGUCCAGACUGAGGAGACACCAGGAAGAAAGACAGGCCACCAUUGGUCAGAAGUGGAAACUCCCCCCUGGUGGACAGCCAAUCAGCCUCUUUGCAUCGCCACCCAAUGCUAAGCCUAGGAAAGUCAUACGUCCCUCAGAUGACAUAAUUUUCAGAGUGUACUGCGCGGAUCACACGUAUGUGACGCUCCGCUUCCCGGUUGCGUCGACAGCUGAACAGCUGAAGGUUAGUGCAGCUGACAAGCUGGGUCUCAAGUAUCCGCGCGAAGACCUCGUGUUGGUGGAGCUGAAGUCGACGGGAGAGAGGUGUGCGUUCAGAGAUUCCCAGGUGGCCGUUGCUACUUCGCUCACUCUCAAUGGAAGGCUCUUUGUCAGCCUCAGGGAUCAUCUAGAUGCUCUGACGCUGAUAGCAGAGCAGGAGAGCCCCACGGAGGCGGUUGAAAUGGAUGUUGAAACGUUCAGCUCCAAGGAGUUGGCUUACCAUAUGACGCAGUUCGACUGGGACCUCUUCUGGAGUAUACACGAGUAUGAGCUGGUGUAUCAGACAUUUGGCAGACACAGAUUCAACCAAAUAACCGCGAAUUUGGAUGUUUUUCUGAGACGAUUCAACGAGAUCCAGUAUUGGGUGAUCACUGAGUUAUGCCUCACUCAGAGUCUUAGUAAAAGAGUUCAAGUGCUGAGGAAACUCAUCAAGCUAGCCUUAUAUUGCAAGGAGUUCCAAAACCUGAACGCUUUCUUCGCAAUAGUGAUGGGACUGAGCAACGUGGCAGUGUCUCGACUGAGUCUGACCUGGGAGAAGCUGCCUUCUAAAUCGAGGAAGCUCUUCACCGAACUGGAGGCAUUGAUUGAUCCCAGCAAAAACCACAGAGCUUAUAGGAUGGCUGUAGGGAAACUGCAGGCUCCGCUUAUACCUUUCAUGCCACUUUUGUUGAAAGACAUGACAUUUACUCACGAAGGCAACAAGACGACAAUGGAAGGACUAAUAAAUUUCGAAAAAAUGCACAUGAUCGCUCAGACUAUGAGGACGUUGAGAUAUUGCCGGAGUAGACAUUUAGUUCUUGAGCCACCAUCACCCAAGAAUGAAGCCGAAAUUAAAUCGUAUGUGACCUGUCUGCGCACCAUUGACAAUCAAAGAACUCUCACAUCACUCUCUCAGAAACUGGAACCAAGGAGGUCUUAAAUUUAUUAACUUUGACCAAAGAGUUUGUAUGAGAAAUGAAAUGUUAUCAAACCCCCUGUAAACUGAAUAAUCUCCAAUCUGACUGUCAUUAUUAUUUCCAAUCCACGUGUGGAGAAAAACAGAAUACUUUGUUUCCAAAAGGAAUCUUAUUAUAUUAAAACUGCAAAAGACAAAAAAUUAUGAGCCAAUACGGCUGAUUGUUUCGGAAAACCCACCUCAAAAUCAGUUAGAGAACACACUGAAGGCUGUGGGAAAACCUCCAAAAAUAGCUUCAGAAAAAAUAGCUCCGACCAUACAGUUUGUAUGUACUGUAAAAUGCUAUGCAUUCCAUUACAAAGUCUCAGUAGAAUUACAGUAUAAACUUCUCAUAACUUUUAAAUUCCUUGGAGAACAAAAACUACGAUCUUCCGACCACUUUUGACAGUUGGAAAAGUAAUUUCAAUAUUAUUUCUGAGAAACUU